AUGACAGUCCCGUCUGGAAUGUUAAUCCCCGUCUGGAAUGUUGAUCAGUCUGUGCGGACUACCAGCGGCCUUGUUCUAGGCCAUUCUGUGCGGCAAAAGCCUCCGACAUCUCCGAGGUCCUACAUGUAUCCAGCCACCAUCAGCACCCCCAAGCAACAAUACCGGCAGUCCACCGCCCCAGAACCUUCGUAUUCCCCCUCCCUUGCCGCGGCCUUCGCAAGCGAGGUAUACCCAGCUAGUGAGCAUCUUUUGACCUUGAACGUCUGGACAAAGCCGCAGACAGGCAAGGCGAAUUACUAG